AUGGAAAGAAUGGUGGUAGAUAAUGUUGAUAGCAGUGCUGUCAUACCUCCUGCUGAUCCUCAAAUUCUUACUCCGAUGCUGGGACAAAGAUUUAAGACUGAGAGGGAUGCCUAUAAUUUUUAUAAUGUUUAUGCUGUUAGUAAAGGAUUUGGGAUACGACUGGACAAAGAUCACAUGAAUACUAAAAAGCAGAGAACAAUGCGGCAAAUAUGUUGUUCUCACCAGGGGAGGAACCCAAAAACCAAGAAGCCUUCCGUUCGAAUUGGGUGCCCAGCAAUGAUGAAGAUAAAUAUGUCUGGAGCUGGUAGUGGCUGGUCAGUAACAAAGGUUGUUUCUGCGCACAACCAUCCUAUGAAAAAAAGUGUAGGAGUUACUAAGAAUUAUCAGUCGCACAAUCAAAUAGAUGAGGGGACUCGUGGUAUUAUUGAAGAGAUGGUAGACAGUAGUAUGAGUCUUACAAAUAUGUAUGGUAUGUUGUCUGGGAUGCAUGGCGGACCUUCCAUGGUUCCAUUCACGAGAAAAGCUAUGGAUAGGGUUGCUUAUGCAAUUAGGCGGGAUGAGAGCAGCGAUGACAUGCAAAAAACACUUGAUGUCUUGAAGGAUUUGCAAAAAAGGAGCAAGAAUUUCUUUUAUAGUAUACAAGUUGACGAGGCUUGCCGUGUGAAGAACAUAUUUUGGUCUCAUGCUGUGUCCAGAUUGAACUUUGAGCAUUUUGGUGAUGUCAUCACAUUUGAUACUACCUACAAAACAAACAAGUAUAAUAUGCCCUUUGCACCAUUUGUUGGUGUAAACAAUCACUUUCAGAGCACCUUCUUUGGUUGUGCCCUGCUUAGAGAAGAGACUGAAGAAUCAUUUACAUGGUUAUUCAAUACAUUCAAAGAGUGCAUGAAUGGGAAGGUUCCUAUUGGAAUAUUAACAGGUAUGUGA